AUGUUGUUGACAGGUAGCCUCCGCUGUCACCAGAUCAGCUCCUACUUCCGCUACAGGGCGAGAAGACUGGCGUUUCCGAUGCUGUCUCGCUUACUGAAGGAGCACCAGGCGAAGCAGAACGAGCGGAAAGAGGUUCAGGAAAAACGCAGACGUGAAGCAAUAGCUGCAGCAACAUGCUUGACAGAAGCCCUGGUUGAUCAUCUCAAUGUUGGAGUUGCCCAGGCAUAUGUGAAUCAACGUAAGCUGGAUCAUGAAGUCAAGACAUUACAAGUCCAAGCCAGCCAGUUUUCCAAGCAGACCGCCCAGUGGAUCAGUAUGGUGGAAGGUUUUAACCAAGCCUUAAAGGAAAUCGGUGAUGUGGAGAACUGGGCUCGCAGCAUUGAAAUGGACAUGAGAACUAUCGCCUCAGCGUUGGAGUAUGUGCAUAAGGACGCAAUCAGGGCGAGAAAGGGAAAGGUGUGGAAGUGGCUGCAGGCAUCACCCAGUUACAAGAACCUGAAUUUAACCCCUAACACUGUGAGCAAGGCCAGCAGCAUGGACACACAGAUUAUUUAUGAUCUUUUAGGGGAAAAUGCAUGGCUGUACAUUGUGGGGACUUUCUCUGUGUUAUGGGUACUUGUGUGGCUCUACAAAGACAGCCUGGAAGUGGAUAACAUCGGCGACAAGUAUGUUUUUGUGACUGGUUGUGAUUCGGGAUUCGGGAACCUCCUCUGUAAGAAGUUAGAUCGUAAAGGUUUUCGUGUGCUGGCUGGAUGUCUGACAGAAAAGGGUGCGGAUGAUUUGAAAAGGGUGGCAGGCCCCAAACUGAAGACAGUCCUGCUCGAUGUGACCAGCCAGGACAGUAUACAGAAAGCAAUGGAGUGGACCAACAAAGAAGUGGGAGAUAAAGGCCUUUGGGGUAUUGUCAACAACGCAGGCCGGGCGCUGCCGAUGGGGCCGUCGGAGUGGAUGAGGAUGGAGGACUACAGGGGUACUCUCAAAGUCAACAUGGACGGAGUGAUUGCCAUGACCAUGACUUUUCUGCCCCUCAUCAAGAAAGCCCAGGGCCGAAUCGUGAAUGUGGCGUCUGUGUUGGGACGGGUGGCAGCUAACGGGGGAGGUUACUGCAUCUCCAAGUUUGCAGUGGAGUCUUUUUCCGACUGUCUCAGGAGGGAUAUUCACUACUUUGGAGUGAACGUGUGCAUCAUUGAACCAGGAUUCUUCAAGACGGCUGUGACCAGUCUGGAGCCUCUGGAGAGAGAGCUCCACCGCCUCUGGAACCAACUCAGUCCAGAGGUGAAGGCCAGCUAUGGAGACAAGUACCUGGACAAGUACAUCAAUGUGCAGCGGUUGAUCAUGAACGCUGUGUGCGACUCGGACCUAUCCAAAGUGACCAACUGCAUGGAGCACGCCGUGUCCGCUGCCUACCCCAGGACACGUUACAGUGCAGGCUGGGACGCCAAGCUCCUCUGGAUCCCCCUCUCCUACAUGCCCUCCUUUGUGGUGGACCUGGGGCUCAAGCUGGUGCUGCCACGGCCCUCCAAAAGUGUCUGA